AUGCCGAUGAAAGCGCUAGUCUACGUGCUCUAUGGACCGUACCGCAUGUGCAAGCUGACUGCGCAGCACCGCACCUUCCGCCUGGAGGGUCUGCUGACUGUAUUAAGGAAAGAUGGACACGAAAUCAUUUUACAGGAGACAGAAGACUGGAAUUGUGUAGAGCUUGUAGUCAAUGGUGAAACCGUUUUCCAGUGCAAAAUCGACGAGUUGGACUUUGGAGGUGAUGGCAAAUUAGAUCCACUGUGUGAAGAAGCCAGAAAAGCAGUGCUAGAUGCCUACUAG